CGGCUGCUGGAGAGCUGAUGGCACCGGGACCGAGACUGGGACAGGAACGGGCACGGCUGCUGCAGGGCUGGUGGCACCGGGACCGAGACUGGGACAAGAACGGGCACGGCUAAUGAAGAGCUGAUGGCACCGGCACAGCUGCUGCAGGGCUGGUGGCACCGGGACCGACACUGGGACAAGAACGGGCAUGGCUAAUGAAGAGCUGAUGGCACCGGCACGGCUGCUGCAGGGCUGGUGGCACCGGCGCGGUUCCUGGUGCCGCCCGCCAGGGGCCGCUGCGCGGCGGAGGACUGCGGAACUGACAGUCACGUGCCCUCAGCGGGGCCGCUCUGGCUGGCACCGCCCGCGUCUCUAUAGCCUUGUCGCCAUGGGAACGCGGCGGCCCUGGGAGUGGCGCGAUGGCGGCGGGCGGUGGCGGGGGGGGGCCGGGACCGGGACCGCCCUCGGGAACCCCACCGGGCGAGGAGGCCGCCCCUGAAACCCCACCGGGCGAGGAGGAGGCGGCCGCCGCCGCGGUCCCCCUGGACCGUGCCGGUGCCCCCGUCGGCCCCGAGACGCGGAGGAAGCGCAGUGUCCCCUCCAUCAACCUGAGCGGCUGCAGGUACGAAAGCGUGCGGCGGGCGGCGCAGCACUGCGGGCUGAAGGAAGCGGGAGAGAACGAGGAGUGGACAGUGUGCUGGACAGACACCUCGGUGUCGCUGGAGCGCCUCAUGGAAAUGAAGCGGUUCCAGGUAAACAAAUGGGCUGUCCAGCAGGAAUCGCUCAGGGAGGAGGGUAACGCGGGGACUGUUGAUGGAAUAGCAUAUGGCAGAGUGGAACAGAGGCAUCCAAAGCAGUGCCUGUUACUCAUCUGUGCCUCGGCCCCGCACCUUUCCUUGUGCCGUGUCUGUGGUCGGUGCCUCAGGAGAAGUCAGCAGCUGCAGUAUCUUGCCCCUCAGCAGCAGUUCAAGGCAGCUGCAGGCCCAGCCUCCUGCCUGCUCUGCUGCCGGUUCUCUGCAGGGCCGGGAGGAUGCAUGCGUGCGGGGCUUCUGCUGAUCUGGCUUUUUCUGCCCCUCUUUCAGAAAAUCAACCACUUCCCAGGCAUGAUUGAGCUCUGCCGUAAGGACCUGCUGGCUCGCAACCUGAACCGCAUGCUCCGGCUCUUCCCCGAGGAGUACAACAUCUUCCCCCGCACGUGGUGCCUGCCAGCCGACUAUGGAGAUUUCCAUGCCUACAGAUCCAUGAGGAAAACCAGAACAUUCAUCUGCAAGCCCGACAACAGCUCCCAGGGAAAAGGCAUCUUCAUAACCCACCACCCGGAGGAGAUCAAGCACGGGGAGCGCAUGAUCUGUCAGCAGUACAUCUCUGAGCCCUUCCUCAUUGAUGGCUUCAAGUUUGACAUGCGCAUCUAUGUGCUGGUCACAUCCUGUGACCCGCUGAGAGUUUUUCUCUACAAGGAGGGCCUGGCCCGGUUUGCCACCAUGAGGUACAUCGAUCGCAGCAGCAGAAACCUGGGUGACAUCUGCAUGCAUCUGACCAAUUAUGCAAUCAACAAGCACAAUGAGAACUUCGUCCAGGAUGACACAAUGGGCAGCAAGAGGAAGCUGUCCACCCUGAACACCUGGAUGGCAGAGCACAGCUACGACACAACAAAGCUCUGGGCAGAUAUUGAUGACAUUGUCAUAAAGACACUGAUUUCGGCUCACCCUGUGGUGAAGCACCACUACCAGAGCUGCUUCCCCAACCACGCUGCCGGCUGCGCCUGCUUCGAGAUCCUCGGCUUUGACAUUUUGCUGGACAGAAGGCUGAAGCCCUGGCUGCUGGAGGUGAACCACUCUCCCAGCUUCUGCACAGACUCUCAGCUAGACCGUGAGGUGAAGGAUGCCCUUCUGUGUGACACCUUCAACCUGAUCAAUGUGCACGCCUGUGACAGAAGGAAGGUGCUGGAGGAAGACAAGCGGCGGGUAAAGGAGCGGCUCCUUCAGGCCAGCCAGACCCAGACUCUCCGUGAGUCCAGGCGCAGGGAGCAGGAGAGCAGCCAGGCUGCCUGGCUGGCACAGGCCGAGACCUACGAGAACGAGCACCUGGGCGGCUUCCGGCGCAUCUACCCAGCACCUGGCACAGAGAAAUACGAGCCCUUCUUCCACCAGGGCAGGUCCCUCUUCCAGGAAACGGCAGCCUCCAAGGCACGAGAGGAGCAUGCCAGGCAGCAGCUGGAGGAGAUUCGCCUGAAAAACGAAAAGCUGGAAGCUGCCACCAGGAAGAAAAAAACAGAGAGGAUCCAGAAUAGAAGCACAGCUUCUACAACCCACCUCACUCACAGAAGCACCAAGACAUGGGAUAGAAAGGUGCAGCACGUGCAGUAUGACUCCAUGCAGCCCCAGGACAUUGUGGAACACGAGGAGAAGAGGAGAGUGAAUGCUCUGCUGCAGCGUGAGAAGCUGAUCCGAGACCUGGGCAUCACCAACCAGCUCUCUCGGCUGCUCCCCACAGCUGACAGCCAGGGAUCCUGCACCCUCCGGAGCCAGCUGCAGUUUCCAUGGGAUGCCCUUGGGAACCAGGACACCCAUGACUUAAUGAUGGUCAUCUCAGUCCUGGGAGGCCCAGCCCAUGCCUCAGGACACUGGGUCAGAGCCGAGGCCCUGCAGCCGGACACGCUGGGCCCAGCCCCCAACGACGUGGACACCCUCUGUGUUCGAGGCCGGAGUGUCCCGUACCACACGCGGCAGGAGGGCUCCCGGGUGCUGGGCGGGGGCUGGCUGCGGGGCCGGGCAGCACGGGCAGCCGUCACCCACCCCGAGGGGCUGCUGCUGAGAGACCAGCAGCUCCCUGGUGCCAGAACACAGGCUGAAGGCUGUGAUGCUGCCAGCCCGUCGUCCUCCCAUGCAGGCAGCUGUCCCCCAGCAUCCCCAGCCAGCCCGGGGGAGGUCAAAGACGAUGGCAUCUUCAGCUGUGCUGUGGUCCGGGAGCUCCCCGCCGCUGCCGCCGCCGCUCAUGUGCAGCACACACGUGCCUCACACCAUGGCAGAGCCGCACUGUGCCAGUGUGUCACACACUUCCAGCAUGAAAGGCACAAGGGGCGGCGGCGGCGGGUGGCGGCGCGGAUGGAGCGGCUGCGGCGGGAGCUGGGCGGGGGGCGCGGAGCCCCCGAGCGCGUCCUGACCUGGCAGGCGAUGGAGCAGAUGCGGUUCCUGCGGCAGGAGCUGCCCGAAGAGUGGCCGCUGGAGCGCCUGGCCCAGGGGUUCGGCGUCAGCACCGACGUGGUGCGGCGAGUGCUGCGGAGCCGCGGCUGCCCUUCGCCGCGCCGCCGCCUGCGGCAGGACCGGCGGGCGCUGAGCGCCGUCGCGGCGGCACCGGGGCACGAGCGCGAGGUGCGCGCCCCCGACGGGACGCUGCUGUACCGACUGCCGCGGGGCUGGGGCGGGCCGGGGCCCGGCGCGCAAUAAACGGUGUUGGGACCCGC